AUGGAUGAAGGAUUUUCUUUCAAAGGCAUUACUCAGGCAGUCCAACGAGUUACGAUCAAACUAGUUUCAAACACGAAUCAAUUGAAAGGAAAGAUGGAUAUUAUUCAUUUGGUUCUUUUCUCUGUACUCUUUAUCUUAGAAGAAGUAAGCUUCCCCCAGGUCCUCUUGGUCUGCCAAUCUUUGGAAAUCUCUUUCAGCUUGGGCCGAAGCUCCAUGCAUGUGUCGUUUACAAGACUAGCCAAAAAGUACGGACCAAUAAUGUCCCUACGGCUCGGUUCUGUUACAUCGGUGGUUGUUUCUUCCCCGGAGAUUGCCAGAGAGAUUUUACAGAAGCAUGACGAGGUUUUCUGUGACAGGGCAAUACCAGACGCUGCAAAGGGCCAAGCUAAUUUCCACAUCUCCAUGGUAUGGCUUCCUGCCGGCAAUAGGUGGCGGAUGCUCCGGCAAGCAAUACACAAUCACUUAACACACAAACAUAAGUUGGACUCUUUAGUGGACUUGCGGCAUAAGGCUGCAAGAGAGCUGGUGGAACACGUGAAGAAUGGAGAGAUGUCUGCUGUGGCUAUCGGAAACUUGGCUUUUGCCACUGCUCUUAACCAGAUGUCAAAUGUUUGCUUCUCGCAGAAUGUUGGGGAGUAUGAAUCCAAGGAGAUUCAGGGGUUUAUGAAGGCCGUGAAGACAAUUAUGCAUGUAGGGGGGAAGUUUAACAUAUCCGACUUGUUUCCUUGGCUCACGCCAUUGGAUCCUCAAGGCAUUAGGGGGAAGACCAAAGAAGCUUAUGAUUGGCUUGAGGCAAGGGAUGAUGUCUUUCUCAAUCAGAGGAGGGAUCAGAUUCGUAAUUCAAACAUUUCUUCUUCUUCUUCUAUACAUGACCAUGAUGAUCUUUUGCAUUCAUUUAUGGACUGUGGGCUUAAAGAUCCGGAUUUUAAUACUCAACAACUCAAAGUCUUACUUAUUGAGCUAAUGGUAGCUGGAUCUGAUUCAACAUCAAUCACUGCAGAAUGGGUAAUGGCAAAACUUCUUUUGAAUCCAGACAUAAUGAAAAAACUUCGCCAAGAGAUAACCGAGAUUGUGGGUACAAAGGGGAAGAUAGAAGAAAUAGACAUCCUUAAUCUACCAUACUUAGAAGCUGUAAUUAAGGAAACAAUGAGGCUUAGGCUAGCAGUUCCAUUGCUAAUGCCUUACAAGUCCAAGGAAGAAGUUGAAGUUAAUGGAUAUGUGAUCCCAAGGAACACACAAACAUUCAUAAAUGCAUGGGCUAUUGCUAGAGAUCCAAGCUACUGGGAAGUCCCUGAGAAGUUCAUACCGGAGAGAUUUCUCAAUUCAACAGUGGAUUUUAAAGGGCAACAUUUUUGUUUCAUUCCAUUUGGUGCUGGUCGUAGAAUAUGCCCAGGGAUGCCCGUGGCUCAUCGCAUGGUGAGUCUUAUAGUUGCUUCAUUGGUUUAUCACUUCGAUUGGAAGCUUCCAAGAGAUACCACAAUAGAUAGCCUAGACAUGGAUGAUCUCUUUGGCAUCACACUUCCAAAGGUCACACCUUUGCUUGCAGUGCCUACUUCUAUUAAUUAAACAAUAAUGAGAUUGAUUAGUUAAGU